UGUUCGUGUAAUGAGACAGACGCGGAGAUGUAUGGGCGGAAGAAUCCAACACAGAUAAUGUUAUAGACGGACUUAGUAAUCAUGCGUGCAGGCACACAGCAAUGCAUAGGUGCAUUUGUGUUGCAAAUGCGUGAAAUCCGCGUAAUGUAACUAGAAUAUACCUUACAUAAAUGCAGCUCUGAGCUGUACCAAAAAGAUAGUAUCAGGACAAUGGAGACUGAACAACUGGGUUGCCCAUUCAGCAAAACGCGGUGUUGUGGACCGUUCAGAUAGUAUAUACCUGUAGAGCAUCCUUAUAUGCCAUGUAGAAUAAUUAAUCACGUCGGCUCUACGCGGUAUUUCUACAAGCAACAAUACUUUUCUGCAUCCUACGGAACAUUGGCCAGGGAAUUAUUUUUACAACCAUGGACCAACCUUCUGUGGAUGAGUUGGGAACCAAGUGUGUCAUGCAAAACCCGACACAGUCAGUGGAGACAGGUGGACAAGCAGUGGCGACUGAGGAACAACCAAUUGGUUCAGGGGUGCAAACAGUAGAAACAGAGGAACAUUCAGCAGUGACAGGAGACCACCACCUGGAAACGAGCCAGCAACCAAUUAGUGAACUGCUACCUGUGUCAGGGGUGGAGGCUUUAGAGAGUGGUUUGGACUCCAACGCCACAACAGAGAUAAUACUAGAACUAUCCGCUGUUCCGAUAGACUUUGGUGCCCCUGAAGAGGGGAAACAAGACCCAUAUGAAAAUGCACAGGAGAAGACACAUGUGGAUUGUGUAGCCACUGUUGAGAGAAAGAAUAUUCCCCCCAAGAAAGACAGAUUAGAGCCACUCAAGAUUGACAUGUCCAGGUCAUCAACAGGUUUAAUGCCUCUCACAUCAUCACAGAUCUCUCUGCAGUGCAUGGAGUGUUACAUCAUCUUUAGUGACCACAAGAGCAGAAUGCGCCACCUCAAGCAGAGACAUCCGGUACAGUAUGAGCAGUGCAUGUUGGGGGAUGCCCUGUUUGCCUGCUACGUCUGUGACCGCCACUUCACCAACUCCAGUGAACUGAUGCUUCACCAGCGUGCUCACACGGAAAAGCAGCCCUUUAAGUGCCCCAUCUGUGGUGACGCCUUCAGACGCUCCUCUGAGCUCACCCUCCAUAAGAAGGUCCACUUCGGUCGGCAUGGAUACGCCUGCUCAGACUGUGGAAAACUCUGCAAGACACUCACCUUACUGAAGUAUCACCGCCGCACACACACCGGGGAGAGGCCUUACGUUUGCAAGGAAUGUGGCAAGAGGUACAGCAUGCCCAAGGCUCUACAGAGACACCUGCUGACACACUCGCCAGGAGGGGUGGAAACGGAAGGUGACGGGAUCACACCACUGACAAAGGCCCAGCUACAAAAGAAUGAUUGCACUACAGCGGUGAAAUAUCUUUGCUCCAUUUGCAAGGCACCCUUCAAAACUGUAAAGACACGGCUGUAUCAUAUGAAACGCAAGCACAGUUCAUGUGUUGCAGCCCCUACCAACAUCACUAGGACCACCACCCCACUAACUGGCCAACAGAUGAAGCCAGGUCAGUCCAUCGUGACCCAGGCUCCCAUGGGCCAGCCAAACUAUUUUCACAUGGAACCCCAUGGACCUCUCCAACAAGUGGACAACAUUGACACCGAGCAAAUCCGUAAACUAAUAGAAUCUUUGGGGAAUGUGCAGAAAGUGAACCAGGUGGUGAUUUUGGGACAGGUGCCGCCCCAUGGUCAACCUUUGGAUCUACAGCAGCUACAGGGUAUAGGGGAGCCAGUGCAACUAUGUUUUACGCAGCCACAAUUUACAGAGCUCAAACAGACUGGGGUUGGAGAGAGCGAAUCUUUAGAACUGGAACAGGUAAAGCCACAAUGUGAUUCAGGGGAAGAAACUAUUACAUUGGAACCUGUACUAUCAAAUGACCAAAUGGAUACCCGUUUAGAUUCACAAACACAGGAGGAUACAAACACGGUGCCAACUGAGCAUAAUGGAUUAACAAAAGAGCUGAAUCAAAUGCAUGUAGAUAUGAUUCAGCCAGAGUUACUUGGACAGGCAGGGCCGACAGUUGAUUUAGAGAACACUAUGAUUCAGACUGAACAGAUGAUUGGUCAGUGUGAAACAGUUGAGCUGGGCCAAACACCUGAACAAAGUCAAACAGUUGUAUUUGAACUCACUCCCUCACUUAUACCAACUCUGGAGUUGGAACAGACGCAAACUGACCAACAGGGACUUAUAUCUGCUUCUUCACUACCAACAAUUGAAUUUGAGCCGACGGCUGAGCACGAUCAAAUGGUUAAGGGAGAAAAUGUGUGCGUCCCUUCACUCAUACCCACAGCUGAAUUAGAGCUGCCACCAUUACAAACUGAUCAGCAGGAGCUUUUUACUGUUGAUACCACUAAGGAGGUAGACUGUCCACAAACUCCUGGACAAUUGGAAACAAGCCAAUUAGGGGAGUCAUCCUCAGAGUUUGAAACAUUGCAGUUAAAUCACAGACAUUCUUUUGGAGAGGAAGGACAUACACAACAGACAGAAGUGCCAGAAACAGUGGAGAAACCACUGCUAGAAGAUGAGAAUGAGAAGCAGUGUGUAUUGCAGACAUCUUGUGAAGGAAGGGAACUAUCAGCAUCAGAAGAGAGGAAAACAUUAAAGGAUCAAUGUGCAUCGGACAACUUGUCUAACAACCGAGAAGUGCAACCACACACUCAGACGUCUCAAACAGUCCUUCCUCCUUCAGAGACAAAAAAGCUUCCACAGACUUCACAACUGCCUGUGCAUUUGAUGUCAGUACAAGAAUUUGUAAAAGUGAGGAAGAGAAAACAGUCUGAUAACUCUAUAAUGCAAGGAAAUAUGCAACAACAGAGAGCUGAUUUGAAAGCAAAGCCCACCAAACAGCCAAGAGCAAAGAAUGCCCGUCUGGUUGUAAAGUUUAGUCCUAAAGAGAAGCAGAAGAAGCCUUCACAGAUGUCUAAGCUGCCUCGGAAAGAAGAGCUCAUACAAGACGUGGACCAAACGCCUGUCAAAACUCAACUUGAUAAAGUGCCCUUAAAACAAAAGGCUUGUAAAGGGAAAAAGGUAAAGAAACCAAACUCUAUUUCUAAGUCAAAAAUCAAAUCCCCGCCUGUCUUCUGUGACUCACAAGUGCAGCAAGUCGUGCAGGCAGAAGAGCAGGUGCAGCAAGUGAAGCAGGGGAAGAAAGUAAAAAGGCAAAAAGAUGUCACUAGUGAGAAUCACGCUGAGCAGAUUAUUGAGCAGGAAUUAAUAGCUCGACCCAAGCCCAAGAAGAAGAAGAAGCAGCAGCAGCAGCAGCAGCAGACGAUAACACAGGAGGACCAACCUAAGAAAUUAAAAGCCAAAAAGCUUUCAAAAAGUGGGAGAAAGAGAAUGAAACAGAGUAUGAAAACAAGCCCGGUGUUAGAACACCCUCAAAUAGAGCAACAGUCUCUGCUUCUACUGAAGGGUCACAAACAGCCCCAAUUGAAAGUUUACAAAUUAGAUACCUCGAAAGCACCCCAGGGACAAAUAGAAGAGACCUCACCAAGUGAAUCCCAAACAGAUCUCCAGCAAGACCAAGACACUGCACCCAUCCAGAAGAAUAAAGGUCCAAAAUGUAAACUUAAACUGAUAGUUGCUGGAGGGAAAAGAAAAGUAGGGAGGCCCAAAAAGAACCAAACGGCACUCUCUAUUCUGGCUCCGUUAAAGGAUACCUCUUGUUCCUCUGACACAUCACCAUCCAAGCCUAAGACCAACAGAAAACGUAAAGCCCCAGAAGUGGAAACUGAGGGGAUCAUCACAGGCUCUCAUCCCCACCGAGCCCUUGAGUGUAAAGACUGUGGCGAGAGGUUCUCUGAUGUCUCAUCCCUCCAGGAGCACAAGGUAGCCUUGCAUGCAGUGGAGAGCCCAGGUCUCACCUACACGAACGGCAACAUCUUUGAAGGUGUUUUGAGGUCAGAUCUAGGCCAACCUCCACUAAAAGUGACUAAAGAGGGAACUGAAAAUUCAUCAGGUCAAAAAUCAUUUGGAAUGGAGGUAGCAUCUGACUGGGAUAUUGAAGUUGAUAUGAAGGAGGUAGGGUUGAAAGAAAGAGGGGAGCGAAUCUCUUUCCCAGCAUUGAACUCUUCCCCCUCUCUGCCUCUGGUUGUUUCUCUUGAAGCUGAUCAACUGGAGGACAUGGAGAAGAACAUAAAUAAAACUACAGAGGGUAUGGAAUCAUGUUCUCUUAUGGCUCCAAAUUCAACUCCAUCUAACUCCCGUUCACAAGAUAAAUUCUCUCAUCUGUCCAAAUCUGUACAAACCUUUCUGUCCGAGAAGAGUUCUUCUCACCUCACACCCAUUGUCCCACUACAUAGCCCUUCCAAAGCAGGGAACACUAAGACAGAGAAUGAGGGCAAUAUAAAUGAAACCUCUGGUGCCCCCGUACCUACUGCGUCUUCUGAUCACCUAGCACCUACUGAGGAGGACAUCAAAGAGGAGUUACUACUUGAGGUGGAUUUGGUCACUGUUGGGGAUGGGGAACAAAAUGUGGAGGAGCUCCAUGAAGGAAGUUCCCAAAAUGACAGAUCCAGUCUUCCUGAACAUAAAGAUCUUGGUCUUCCUGCACAUGCUCAGAUUGAAAAUGUUAAUAUAACUGAAAGAAUACUAAAUGAUCAGAGCGAAUCCUGCCCCUCAGACCAGCCGGACAUUAAGCAAGAAGAGGAGGAGAUUCUGGUGCAGAUGAGGGAUGUACAGAAAAGGGGAGUGUGCAGAAAGACUGCAUUCAGGGGCAGGAGAAAAGUAAUUGGACAUGGAAAGAAAGUUUUUGCAACAAGGAAGAGUCUAGGAGAGGGAACGAAGGAAAUGGAACCCGAGAAAGAAACCGAGGAAUGUCAGGUAGUUUACCAGCUGUAUUCGCACACUAACAAUAUUGAAAUUAAGGACGAAGCAGAGUUCACUACUCUUCAUCCGGCUCCGUCAUCUCUCAGUUUAGAGAGUGAGAUCAGAUCUAGCCCUGGGCAACGUGUGAUAGCCGUUCCAUGUCCAUCUGAAUCCUGCGUCCCGUCACCUGAGGAAUCCUCUGAGGAUCAGGUGGUUUUCGAGCUGGAAUCAGUCACCACCAGUGUGGUGGAGGUUUUAAAGGAGGAAGACGGGACGGUAAACGAGAGCGCUCCAACCGACCAGGAUGACAGAGAUACUGGCCAGUCCCCAGGCAUCAUACUGGAGAGGUUCUUCACGUCGAGGCAGAGAGAGGCCACUGCAAGGGAGCAUGGAGUGGCAGACCCGGGAGAUCGGGAUGUCAAGUUGGAGAACACCUCAGAUUUAGUUUCUGUGCCACCUACAUCUCAUGCUACGCACAGAGUGGAACAGUGUGGGGUCCGGAUGUAUUUGUUUGAACAGGAAAGCUCCCUGGUUUCAAAUAGCCCAGAGAUAAGUCAAGACAAUACGCAAACCGAAUUAAAUGCGGAUCAGAGCAAUGCUAAGCAGUGCAUAUUCUAUCCAGUGAAGGAGGAGGAGCCUUCUCAGAGUGAACGUGAUAUGCCAGCAGUUGUGGUGCCUGGAGAGGCCAAACUCAAUCAUCCAGUGGACAAUCUACACAUGACCCAUCCUGCACUCGAGGAGUGUGAGGUUAAGAGACAGAAAGCAGUGCAGUCUGGAAUUGAGAUCAAUGAAUAUGGAGAAGGUGACCUGGACAUUGAGCAGCAAGAAACUGAGGAGCUUCUGGAAUUCCUACUCCAGAGUUCUGAUGAAGAAUCAGAGGUUAUUGAAUGUUCUGAUGCACAGCCUGACUCUGAGGCUCUAGUUAUGGCAUGUUACCAUGACAGCCAAAAUCCUACAUCAUCACAUUACUUACCAAACAACUUUCAAACCACCGAACGCCAGGCUCCUUCAGGAAAUACCGGAGAAUCCCAGACAAGGACUGGCUACAUGAAGCCUAUUGAUUACUUCUCCAAGUAUUUUGGUUGGGACACUUGGGUUGAGAUUGCCCAGUGCACAAAUAAAGUGUCCCAACUGUCGAACCCAUUGACGGCAAAUGAAGUGGCUCAGUAUGUUGGAAUCCACAUUGCCAUGGGAACGUUAAAGUUCCCCAGUCUCAAGUUGUAUUGGCAGGACCUCACCAGGGUGCCUCUGGUUGCUGACACCAUGACGGCCUCUCGCUUCUCCCAACUCUCCUGCAAACUGAAACUUGCAUCACCAGCGCCAGCGGGAGAGUCCAUGGACAGUAACGAAUUGGGACACAUUGGUAAUACUGACAUAACGAAGGAGGGAGUCAACAUAUGCAACCCAGUCACUGCUCUACAUAUCCCAACUAAUCCUGCAUAUGGCACAAUCAGAACUGAACUGGAUGGGAGUGGCCACACACUUCCAAGCAGCUGCAGCCCUGUUGAAGCCGUUAGCCCUAUGUCAGUAAAAUCGGCAACAGUGAAGCCCACAAUCCUUCACAGCAAUAGGCAUAGGUCUGGGAACGUGUCACCCAGCCAGAACUUGAAUAGUUUGAAAAUGGAUCCCCUUUGGAGGGUUAGACCGCUACUGAACCGCGUUCAGGCUGGAUGCCUGAUGCUUAGACGAGAGGGUGACCAUGGAAUCGAUCAGUACCGUCUCCCUUUGACGUGUAGCCCGGUCAACAACACACAGCCCUCCUUGCACAGCACUGUCUUAGUUGGAUCUGAUGGCCUGGUCCUAGACUUCAACCUCAGUGUAGAUCUCUCUAACAAAGAAGCCACUGUUGAGAAAAUGGUCCCCAGAAAUGGGAUGGUCUAUCUUUGCAAGCAGGAACUCUCCACUCCCACCAUGCUGGAGCGCCUCCUCGAGGCUGGGGUGCAUGGAGCAGGCAAGGUGGGAGGAGCCAGAGGACAGAUAGGCGAUGAGUUUGUGAGCUCUGACGGGCGGCUAAUGCUGCGCAGGUUUGAUCUCGGAUUCAUCCUCUCCACUGUGGGAAAGACACAGCAGAACAUGGCGUCCCUCAUCGACAGCUUUGACAAGGCCCAGAAGGCAGCCAGCCUCAACAGUGACUUACGGAACCUCUACCGUACCCCGCUGUCAGCCUCAGCUCCAACUAGCUGGCCACAGGCUGUCCUGUGGUACCUAACUGAUUUAGCACUGGUAAACUCUUGGGUGCAGUACAGGCAGGAACACGGUCCUCUCCCUGAACUUCUGAACCUUAUGGGAUUCAGGUUGGAGGUCUCCAAGGCAUUGAUCCUGUCCAGCGGCUCGGACACCCAGGACUCAGCCCCUCCUCAUCCUCCUGCACAAAAAAUGCCCAACCCGGGGACAGCCCCAGAACCUGGUCUGUUACAAGAGAGUCCUCUCCCUGAUACGGCCACAAGGUAUGAUGGUUCAGGCCACUGGCCAGAGCAGCUUGGUGACGGAGAGGGUGGAAGGUGUCGAUUCGGAGGCUGUGAGCGAAUGUCCCGAGUACGUUGCCUCAAGUGUUGUGUUUUUCUCUGCAUCUCUCGCAACCACAAUUGCUUCUUGGGUUUCCACAAUCAAGGGAGUUUCUGAAGCUGACACAGCAAAGAUCAUUCAUUUGAGUUGUGUAGGUACAACCCCGUUUCCAAAAAAGGUAGGAUGCUGUAUAAAAUGCUAAUAAAACAAUGCAAUGAUGUGCAAA